UGUUCACCUCCAAGUAAUCCGAUUGGGUUGCGUCAAAAAAGGGCAAACACGCUUCUUCUUCUUCUCUCUCUACUUUGAACACCCGCCUCUUCAGUUCACGGUUACAGAAAUAGAAAAAGCUUUGGCUGUAGGAGAGCCUCCUUUAAUAGUGAGAAGUGAGGACACAUCAGCAAGGGGGAGAAAAAACAAAAACAAAACAACAACAACUAAGUUCCGAGUCCGUGUGAUUGUCUUUAAUCGGAAGAAAUCAAUCUGGAACCUGCUUGGUGUUCAAGGGGUGGGGGGGGCUUUGUAAAUAACCAAAUUUAGACAGAACAAAGUACCAACCCUCCUGAAAGGCUUUGUGUGUUUAACACGCUUUGACACAAACGAUAGAUUUGUGAGGGGGAUGGCAUUGGACUUCGCUGCGGGCUGUAUAGGAGGUGCUGCUGGUGUUUUGGUGGGACAUCCAUUUGACACUGUGAAGGUGAGGCUGCAAGUUCAAAAUGUGGACAAACCUCUGUACCGUGGGACAUAUCACUGCUUCCAGUCAAUCAUACGCCAGGAGUCGGUUCUCGGCCUGUACAAAGGCAUCGGCUCGCCAAUGAUGGGCCUGACCUUCAUCAAUGCCAUAGUUUUUGGCGUCCAGGGCAACGCCAUGCGCAAGCUUGGCUGCGACACGCCUCUUAACCAGUUCCUGGCUGGAGCUUCUGCUGGAGCCAUCCAGUGUGUCAUUUGCUGCCCAAUGGAGUUAGCCAAGACACGCAUGCAGAUGCAAGGAACCGGAGAGAAGAAGUCUAAGAGGAAGAUGUACAAGAACUCCCUGGACUGUCUGGUGAGAAUCUACAAUAGAGAGGGAAUCAAAGGUAUCAACCGCGGCAUGGUGACCACCCUGCUGCGCGAGACGCCUGGUUUCGGUGUGUACUUUCUCACUUAUGACAUGUUGACACGCUCCCUGGGCUGCGAGCCAGAAGACCCUUACAUGAUCCCCAAGCUGUUGUUUGCUGGGGGAAUGUCUGGUAUCGCGUCCUGGCUCUCCACCUAUCCCGUGGAUGUGAUCAAGUCGCGUCUUCAGGCGGACGGGGUCGGCGGGGUGAACCAGUACAGUGGCAUCAUGGAUUGUGUCAGACAGAGCGUGAAGAAGGAAGGGUGGAGGGUGUUCUCACGUGGACUCACGUCCACCUUGCUCCGCGCGUUUCCGGUGAAUGCUACGACAUUCGCCACCGUGACUCUGUUUUUGUUGUACAUGCGCGAGGGAGAAGAGUGUAGCAUUCAGGACUCGGAGCCGCAGUCCGUCCAGCUGCAGCCUCUGCAGACGCAGACGACCAGCAUGUAAAGCCGCUGUGCAGCUACUACAGUCAUCAGCAAAUCCUACUGAUCCUAGAUGAGCAUCAGGAGCUUCAGCAAAGUGACCACAUGUAGUAUUUAAAUAAUAUAUAUUUUAAGAUAAAAAAGCUGCAUUUGUAAAUAUGGUCUGUUUUUAAACAUCCUUGGUUUUGUACACACUCUCUUUUAAUUUAGGAAACUUGACGGUUACAUACGUUACUGUACGGUGACGGUUACAGACGUUCCUAAAAUGUGGAGUCAAAAAGAAAAGAAAUGCUUCAGGUCAUAAUGGAAUAUGUUUGGACUUCAUCUUAACAACUGGUCUUAGACAUGCCUAAAGUACUCAGUAAUAGUGACUGUUACCAAAGAAAGUCUACAAAGUCUGGCAUAUUUGUGAACAUUAAUGCAUCUGUACUGUUGCUUUUUCAAACUUCCAUCAGUGAGAUAAUUGUGAUUUUAAAGAUUUAAUUUAUUCAUUUUGAAGCGUUUGACCAGUCCAUCAUAUUCUCUCCUCAUGGUGUCCAAAUGAAGUCAUCCCGUUACCGUUAACUCCAUACAGAGUGAACAUAGCACUUCAUAAUCUUAUCAAAAUGGUUACAAAUACAAUGAAUGCCUUGUACGUGUAAUUGUGUAGAUAUUGUUGUAUUCCUCUGAGGUCAAAGUUGUCGACACUGUCAAGUUUUAGUCAAGUGUGAGGUUACAACUAUCUUUUUAUUGCAUUUUCUUUUUUUGGGGGGGGUCUACUUUAAUAAUCUGCCUUUUUACGCCGAUGGUCAUAAUGAAAUUACAGAUGUUGGCUUGAUUGUAGUAUAACAAAAUGGUUUAGACACAAAAUCAUGUGUAAUAAUUUCUCUAAGAUGUUUAAUUAUAAUCACACAAUCGAUGUCUAAAACCAAAUCAGAUGCAGUCAUCAAUCUUUUUCGCGUUGGACAUUGUAACAGUGUCCAGUGCAAGCACCUUAUGCUACAAUUUUAAGCACAUGUACGAAUAAAAAAAUAUUUUUCACUUCGAUUUUAAUUUCUUCCGUUUCCCAUUAACUGCUAAGACAGUCGGUCUAAGUCAGAGAGAACAGCUCUGACCUCUGUAUUUUAUCCAGUUAACAGCUGAUUAAAUUAAAUGUUUUACAUUUUGUAGGUUUAAAAUGGAUGAAAUUUUACUUUUUUCAAAUCUACAUGUUACCUUUCUUAUAAAUCAGUGGCCGAUUUUGAAGACUACAGUGUCAAAAACUGCUUUGGGGUAGUCCAAAAACAAUGUACAUACUGUGAAUGUGGUGGAUUUUGUUCUUGUGUCAUCCUUUUUAAAUGUAAAGAUCUCUCUCGGCUUUAGAUUUCUUUAAUUACAAUUUUUCUGUUUUGAGAGUUCUCUACUUUGUGAUGUACAUUUGUGUAGGUUUGUUUGACUGUACCGCUGGGUGAUGCAUGAUUGGGCUGUUUUUACUGUUUAACGUUGCCUUUGUGUUACUUGUGUACAAUAUCUUGCACCAAAGCAGCAUGCACACUGUGUAUUUUUUUUUUUCUUUUUUUUGAGAGAAUGAUGAAAUAAAAGCCACAUUUUUUUU